AUGUCACAGGAUAGUUUUACCUUUGAUAGAAAUUAUGGUGAAGAUACAAAGGAAUCUUAUGCUAGAGGAUCCCCAUUCGAUGAUAGAUUUCGCCUGAAUAAUGAUGAUGAUAGUAAAGUAGAGGAAUCAGGCUUAGAUGAUAAGAAUGUAUUUGAGGAAAUGAUUAUUGACAAUGAUGAGAUGAAAAAUAGCACUACUUUUUUUGACUCACAUGUUGAAUCAUCUUCUACUCCAUUCCCGGAAUAUGCCAGUAAUCAAAAGGAAUACCAUGAACGAAUACAAUCUAGAAAAGAAAAACGUAAAAAGAAAGCUUUCCGUUCAAAGAAGGCAUUUAAUAACGUGAAAAACAAUAUUAAAGAUACUGUCAAUGAAUUUAAAGAUAUUUAUCACACAGAUAAAUCUGAUACUUUUGAAACCCCUAAUAAACAACAUGAUUUUAGAACCAUUUUCUUCAAUUUACCUCUACCGGAUGAAAUGUUAGAUGAAGAUGACAUGCCAAUUAUGAAAUAUCCAAGAAAUAAAAUUAGAACCACGAAAUACACACCACUAAUGUUUUUUCCCAAAAAUAUUAUGUUGCAAUUUAAUAAUUUUGCAAAUAUAUAUUUCUUGAUUCUUUGUAUCUUAGGUGCUUUCCAAAUAUUCGGUGUUUCAAAUCCUGGAUUGGCAGCUGUGCCGUUAAUUGUCAUUGUCAUUUUAACAGCAAUCAAGGAUGCAUUUGAAGAUUCAAGGAGAGCUUUGCUAGACAUGCAAGUAAAUAAUACAAAAACUUAUAUCUUAGAUGGUGUUAAGAAUGAAAAUGUUCCCAUUGACCAUGUAUCCUAUUGGAGAAAAUUUAAAAAGGCCAAUACAAGGGUAAUAAUGAAAUUUUUAACUUAUAUUAACGAAACUUUCACUUCCACAGGGAAGGAAAUCAGAAAACAACGUAAACUAAGAGAAGAACAAUUGAAAAGAAUAGGAAAGAAGUCACCUCGUAACUCCUUAGAGUCUUUUGGUGAAUAUAGAUUUUCAAGCGAAUAUUUACGUCCAUCUUUAGACAAUCAAAUCAUAGAUGCUAAUAUAUCUGAACACAAUAAAAAGACGGAGUUUCUCGAUUUUUCUAUGCCUAUCAGGGAUGAUUGUAAAUUUAAGAAAAAUUACUGGAAAAAUGUUAAGGUUGGUGACAUAAUUCGUAUUCACAAUAAUGAUGAAGUCCCUGCUGACGUGGUUAUCCUAUCGAGUUCUGAUCCUGACGGUGUAUGUUGCAUAGAAACCAAAAAUUUAGAUGGUGAGACAAAUUUGAAAAUCCGUCAAUCUUUGAGAUGUAGUUCUUCAAUUAAAAGUUCUAAGGACAUUACCAGAACGAAAUUUUGGAUAGAAAGCGAAGGUCCACAUGCAAACUUAUAUUCCUAUCAAGGGAACUUAAAGUGGAUUGAUCCAUCUGAUAAGCAAUUGAAGAAUGAAGCGAUUACAAUUAAUAAUACUUUACUUCGUGGCUGUACUUUAAGAAAUACUAAAUGGGCUAUGGGUAUUGUUUUAUUUACGGGUGAUGAUACUAAAAUUAUGCUGAAUGCUGGUAUUACACCAACUAAAAAGUCACGUAUUUCAAAAGAGUUGAAUUUAUCAGUUUUAAUCAAUUUCGUACUCCUUUUCUUCUUAUGUUUUAUUGCUGGUGUUGUUAAUGGUGUCUAUUACAAUAAAAGACCUGCAUCUCGUGAUUUUUUUGAAUUUGGUACGAUUGCUAGCACACCAGCAUUAAAUGGGUUUCUUUCCUUCUGGGUUGCAUUGAUUCUAUAUCAAUCGUUAGUUCCAAUCUCCCUUUAUAUUUCAAUUGAAAUUAUCAAAACAUGUCAGGCUAUCUUUAUUUAUCUGGAUGUCUUAUUAUACUGCGAAAAGAUUGAUUAUCCAUGUACUGCAAAAUCUUGGAAUAUAUCUGAUGACUUAGGACAGGUAGAAUAUAUUUUUUCUGAUAAAACAGGAACAUUAACGCAGAAUGUUAUGGAAUUUAAGAAGUGUACUAUUAACGGAGUCUCUUAUGGUCGUGCUUACACGGAGGCUCUUCUUGGCUUAAGAAAACGUCAAGGGAUUGAUGUAGAGAAUGAAGCUGCUACUGAAAAGGCUGCAAUUGAAAAGGAUCUUAAUGUGAUGAUUGAAGAAUUACGAAAAAUUGCCGACAAUUCUCAAUUUUAUCCUGAAGAAAUCACAUUUGUUUCUAAAAAUUUUGUACAUGAUUUGCAAGGAGAACAUGGAAAUGAGCAAAAGAAAAGUUGCGAACAUUUUAUGUUAGCUCUGGCACUUUGUCAUACCGCCCUUAUCGAACCAAAUGAACAAGAUCCAAAUAAAUUAGAAAUCAAGGCUCAGUCACCGGAUGAAGUGGCUUUAGUAACAACAGCAAGAGAUGUUGGUUUUAGCUUUAUUGGAAAGACAAAGACUGGCUAUAUUGUGGAAGUACAAGGUGUACAGAAAGAAUUCGAAGUUCUUAAUGUUCUUGAAUUUAAUUCAACAAGAAAAAGAAUGAGUUGUAUUAUCAAAAUUCCACAAACAAAUACUCAGGAGCCUAAGGUUUUAUUAUUAUGUAAGGGUGCUGAUUCAGUAAUUUAUUCUCGUUUGUCUCAUAAGGAAGGAACCAAUAAUAUUGAUGUUUUGGAGAAAACUGCACAGCAUUUAGAGCAAUAUGCGAUUGAAGGUUUAAGAACAUUAUGUUUAGCGCAGAAAGAGCUGUCAUGGUCAGAGUAUUUGAAAUGGAAUGAAAAAUAUAACGUUGCUGCGGCAGCCUUGAUUGAUAGAGAGAACAAAUUAGAAACAGUGUAUGACAUGAUUGAACAAGAUAUGAUUUUAUUGGGUGGUACUGCAAUUGAAGAUAAGUUGCAAGAUGGUGUUCCUGAAUCUAUAUCUAUGUUAGGAAGAGCAGGUAUCAAACUAUGGGUGUUAACAGGUGACAAAGUGGAAACAGCAAUUAAUAUUGGGUUUUCGUGCAAUUUAUUAAACAAUGAUAUGGAAUUGUUAGUAGUCAAGACAGACGGAUCUGAUGUACAGAAAUAUGGCUCCGAACCUUUGGAAGUUGUCUCAAAUUUAAUAAUGGAAUAUUUAAGAACAAGGUUUAGUAUGUCAGGUUCUGAAGAAGAACUAGAAGCAGCAAAAAAAGAUCAUUCGUUGCCAAAAGGUGAAUAUGCCGUUAUUAUCGAUGGAGAUGCAUUAAAAAUUGCUCUCGGAAACGAUGAACUGAGAAGAAAAUUUCUAUUAUUAUGUAAAAAUUGCAAGGCUGUCUUAUGUUGUAGAGUUUCUCCAGCACAAAAAGCUGCAGUUGUUAAGAUGGUGAAAAAUGGAUUAGAUGUUAUGACCUUAGCUAUUGGAGAUGGAUCUAAUGAUGUAGCUAUGAUCCAAUCUGCGGAUGUUGGUAUAGGUAUAGCAGGAGAAGAAGGUCGUCAAGCUGUGAUGUGUUCAGAUUUUGCUAUUGGCCAAUUUAGAUAUUUAACCAGAUUAUUGCUAGUGCAUGGCCGUUGGUCAUAUAAAAGAUUAGCAGAGAUGGUACCACAAUUUUUUUUCAAAAAUGUCAUUUUUACAAUUGCACUAUUUUGGUACGGUAUUUAUAAUGAUUUUGAUGGGUCGUAUUUAUUUGAAUUCACAUAUUUAACAUUUUACAAUUUAGCCUUUACAUCAUUGCCUGUGAUUAUCUUAGGGAUUCUGGAUCAAGACGUGUCGGCUAAAAUAUCUAUGGUAGUACCGGAGUUAUAUAUAUCAGGGAUAUUAAGAAAGGAUUGGAGUCAAUAUAGAUUUUUCUGGUAUAUGCUAGACGGUAUCUAUCAAUCAGCUAUAUCAUUUUUCUUCCCAUACUUGCUAUACCGUCCUAAUGAUAUUGUGACACAAAAUGGAUUAGGAUUGGACCAUAGAUUUUAUGUUGGUAUUCCUGUGACAGGGAUCUGUGUGAUAGCAGCUAAUCUGUAUAUCUUGAUGGAGCAGCGUAGAUGGGAUUGGUUUAGUGUAUUAUUUAUAUUCUUAUCUACUAUCUGUUACUUUGGAUGGACAGGUAUCUGGUCGAGUUCACUGAACAGUUUUGAAUUUUUCAAGAGUGCAUCAAGAGUGUUUAAUACGCCGUCAUAUUGGGCAGUGAUAUUUAUUGGAGUAUUUUUCUGUAUAAUACCAAGAUUCUUUUAUGAUUGCAUACAGAAAUUAUUGUAUCCUAAUGAUAUCGAUAUUAUUAGGGAGAUGUGGCAAAAGGGACAAUUUGAUAAAUAUCCGGAAGAUUAUGAUCCAACAGAUCCAAAUUGUGUUAAGAUUGAAAAGUUGGAUCGGUAUGAUAAUUUAGAUCCAUUUAAAAAUGAAAAUACUGAAAAUAGUAACAAUAAUUAUAAUAACAGUUAUGAGAGUUUAAUUGUUGAAGAAUAUCCAUUAUAUGAUAUGAAAUUUAACAACAAUAAAGAUAUGGUUGGAUUACAUCAAGAUGCAAAUAAUUCUUCAUCUAACAGCGAAGAUAUAAAUAUAAAUAUAAACUCCAGAGUCCGUAAUAGCAUACAUGGUAAUAGAUUAUCCUUGGAUUUACCUGGUGUAACUAGAGCAUCAAGUUUACUAAGUAAAUGA